CGUGUCCCGGCAGCUCACCCAACCGUGUCCUCGCAGAGAGGAGCAGUCAACCCUCACACACACAGCCUCUCCGCUGACCAGUCCCAGGCUGGUGCGUCCCGUUACGCACCGUUUCUGCAUACUCCAAAAGCGCACUCCGGAUUCCACCAAAUCCUCAGGACGCCUUGUGGAAAAGACAGCUUCCAACUUUCCGUCAGUAUGUUUCACAUGUGUCUGACAGCUGGUUUGUGACAGGAAGACUCCGAGUUCAGGUACGGAGGACGAGUCUUGGCUCCCCCCCACACACCCCAUGGGCAGUCUGUGCAAGGUGAUACAGAAGCUAAAGGAUCCUUAACCGCGCGGCUGUAUUACAUGGAUUUGUUCACCUGCUGUCACUCAUGAUGACACCUAGUACUCUUUGAGCUCUUGUCAGUUGCUCUUCCUCUUCACUUCCUGCCCAAACUUCAGUCAGUGGAUCACUGUGAGUGCGGCAGGAUGGGAUCGCAGAACGGGGCAGCAGCAACACACGCGCUCCUGUGGUUCAUUGUAGUGUGUCAGUGUGUGUCGACAUUAGGGUGUGGACCCCACUACGAAUUCGCCAUUGAAGAGUUCUGCCUGGCCAAAUUCAGACUGGACAUGGAAGAACUGGACCAGGGACACUGGUGUAGCUGGGAGGACACAGUCGAACUCUACGGCGAGCUAACAAACUGCACAUACCUGGUGGCGCGAAGAUUGGACUGCUUCUGGCCCAACAGAUUGGUGGAUGAGUUCUUUAUCCGAGUCCACAAGCACUACUUCCACGACUGCUCGUUGUCUGGACGGCUUCUCGAGGACCCGCCAAAUCGCAUCCUGGGCCCCUUCAUUGUAGUGCCCAUCCUGGUCACCCUCCUCAUGACGGCUUUGGUGGUGUGGAGGAGCAAGCGCAGUGAAGGGAUUGUGUAGGGAAGGGAAAAAGGGGGCCAUGGUAACAUAACUCAACACAAGAGGUACUGAUUGUCGCUAAGGUUUCGUCAUACUCAACCCUCAGUGGCCAAAGAAUCUCUUUUUCUUGGAGGAAAUAAUUUCAAAAGGACCAGAAUCACCUCACUAUGUACCUGGAAAUGGAUCCAGUCGAGAUAAAUGUAAAAUCAGUGACAUGGAUUUAAACCAUUUCUUUGGAUAACCAAGCGAAGAAGAAGUAAUCUGUACUCUUGAAUCUGAUGUGGAAGGAGGUUGUAAGUAUGAAGUAAAACAUUACUUUUUGAAACACACUGCUUCAAAGAAUCUUGUCUUUGGUGUUGAUGCCAAAACUCAAACAAACAACUAUUUUUGGAGACCAAGAAAAGUAACUGUUACCUACUACACAACAAAGGCUACAAAAUGACAUUUAAUCCAGCUUCAGUAAAGGAACCAAGGUAAAUCAGAUUGUAUGUGUAAAUGUACAUAUACUGUAAAUAUACACAGUGUGUGCAAUAAGAGAUGCAUCUGUCAGUGAAUUGUCAGAAUGUCUUUCUAACACAGAGCAUCAAGAAACCAUAUAUUACACUAAAUUAAUUUCUUUCAGAUGCAAAUUCUGUGUUUCCAUGUCAUGCAAAGAUACCCCAUUUUAACAUAUGUGCAUUACAUUCAGAAUAUAUAAUCUUUAUCAUGCAGCUUAUAUUCACACAUUCAAGCUACAGUGGGAGAACAGUCUGUCUUUUUUUUUUGUAUUAUUUCAUUUCCUCUGCUCAUCAGAACCAUCAUGUCCUCAAUCUAUAGGCAUACCCAGAGCUUAGCCUCCCUCUGAAUUGAAAACAGAGGCAGGUUUCUCUCUCAUAUUGCAAACUGAAACAGCUCAUGGAAAAAUGCAGGAGAUAAUGAUGUCACGUACUUAGGAUUGGCAGGUGUGAGAUACAGGUGAAGAAACAGCACGGCACAGAAAGAACUGUCGCUACACAAGGGUCAAGGCCCCAAUUUGGAGGGCCUGUGAUGGCAGUUUUCUUCCUCCACAACCAGGGAAACUAAAAUGAAGAACUGCCAGCAGACACACAGGUGGAUUACUAGAGAUUAUGAAGGCCAAGAUAAAAAGUGUAGAAGUUUGGGGACUACAGACAGUUAAUUAACCCAAAAAUAUCACAGUGUUUCUGAUUUUGCCUCCUCACACACUUCUGUUUUCCACGUUUGUUACCAUAUACAAAGACACUAUCCAAACAAUUCAAUUUAGGCAGCUAUGUGAGGAUGUUCCAAGAAAGAAAAAAGAACAAACAGUAGAAAAAUCACAAAUCUCACUACAGAGAGAACAUAAAGCAAUGGAUUAGCCAAUGCACAUCUCUGCUGAACACUGCCUAAAGCAUAGUUUGUGUAUCAUGGACCUUAGGUUUUAUUGAUUCAUGAUCUCUCCGUUUAGAACAGUGCGCUGCGUGAACUAUUUUCUCAUUGAUAUUUUUGAAUGCUCUCUUUGCUUUAUAGAUUCAUUGACCUGUUACCUGCCCGUCAGCACAGCACACUCGAAAGCACACCCACACUUACCCAACAUGAUCUUACUUUUUACUUUGUGCCAAAUGCUCUUGGAAAAUGGAGGGCAACGUUGGCGUUUAAAUGACAAAUGUUCUGUUGGAGUGACUUCUAAUUAUUGAAAUGUAAUCUGUGAUCAUGACAAAAGUUGAAUAAAAUAUCAGAUUAACUUGUCUGAUACAGCUUGGA